AUGGAACCAGCAUCUGCUGACUCUUCACCUCAGCCUACUGCUUCAGCUUCUAAUACUGGACAUAACUCCACCAUAUUAUCUGCACAAAUUGGCAGUGCUCAUGAUUCACCAUCCUUGUUACCCACUUCUGGCAUGUCAUCGUGGGCAAGAAAUCUGAAAUUACCACAGUCCCUUGGGCUUGGUCAAGCACAACAAGACUCACAGACUGAAAAUAAUGGCAUGUCAGCUUUUGCUCGCCUCACUGGUGGGCUUGGAUUGCGAAAUCCCUCUAAUGAGACUAAUCCAGUGAAUUCAGGAGCCGAGCAACCUAAUUUAAUUGAAUCCUUCACCAAAGGGUUGGUGGACUCUUCCAAGGGUGCAGUAAAGGCAAUGCAGGUCAAAGCACGCCAUAUUGUCUCUCAAAAUAAACGGAGAUACCAGGAAGAUGGAUUUGAUUUGGAUCUGGCAUACAUCACUGAAAAUAUAAUUGCUAUGGGAUUUCCGGGUGGUGAUUUUAGCUCUGGAAUUUUUGGAUACAUUGAGGGGUUCUACCGCAAUCACAUGGAAGAAGUCAUCAAAUUUUUUGAAACUCAUCAUGAGGGAAAGUACAAAGUAUACAAUCUUUGUUCGGAGAGGUUGUAUGAUGGAUCACUAUUCCAGGGGAAGGUUGCAAGUUUCCCAUUUAGUGAUCAUAAUUGCCCUUCUAUUCAACUUAUAGCAUCAUUUUGUCAAAGUGCAUAUUCAUGGCUGAAGGAGGAUAUUCAAAAUGUGGUGGUUGUUCAUUGUAAAGCUGGUAUGGGGAGGACAGGACUGAUGAUUUGUAGUCUUCUUUUGUUUCUUAAGUUCUUCCCAACUGCAGAGGAAGCCAUUGAUUACUUUAACCAGAAAAGAUGUGUAGAUGGAAAGGCUCUAGUUCUCCCUAGUCAGAUCAGAUAUGUCAAAUACUUUGAACGGACUUUAACACACUUCAAAGGAGAAGUCCAGCCUGGGCGAAGGUGCAUGCUAAGAGGGUUUCGGCUUCACAAAUGCCCUUAUUGGGUUAGGCCAUGCAUUACAAUAUCUGAUCAUACUGGAAUUCUUUUCACCACGAGAAAGCAUCCCAAAACAAAGGAUCUAAUGCCAGAAGAUUUCUGGAUCAGUGCACCGAAGAAAGGAAUUGUGGUCUUUGCACUACCAGGGGAGCCUGGUCUGACAGAGUUGGUUGGGGAUUUCAAAAUUCAUUUUCAGGACCGACUGGGAGAUUUCUACUGUUGGCUGAAUACAGCAAUGACAGAAAAUCGAACAAUUUUAGAUGGCUCGGAUCUGGAUGGUUUUGACAAGAGAAAGAUCCCUGCUCCAGGAUUCCAGGUCGAAGUUGUGAUGGUAGACUGUAACGGCACUCUACCUGCAAGGACAAAAGCCAAUACUGCUAGCAAAGGACCUAAUGGCAACACAAGCAAUGUCCUAACCGGUGCAAGGCUGACAUCUAAUUCAAGUGAGACUAAGGUCCCUAGAAAUGGAGAUGAAGAUGUGUUCUCGGACAGUGAUGAAGAGGAGCCCCGGGAUUCACAAAGCAGGAAAGCUGCAACUGAAUACAAAUUUAUGGCACCUCAUCAAGUAUCUGAGGUCACUAAAGAACAUGUAGGAAUGUUGGCACAUGCAACGGAUCAGUUGUCACUACAGCAUAAGGAACAUACGCAAAACAAUGCUUCUGAAGAAUCAACUUCAGAUAAACUUCAUAAAAUUCAUGCAGGCCCCAACACCACUAACAUGGAAUCUGUAGGGGCAAGUGAAAUCAAAGCAAUUGCAGCAGAUGCUUCCGUUUUUUCUUUUGGAGAUGAAGAUUUUGAAAGUGAUUAA